AUGGAUCGCGUGGAAAUGUACUACAAGGUGAACAAAGUGCAAGACGAAAUGAAAGUGCCGGUAUUAAUUGCAGCGAUGGGAGAUGAGGCAUAUGAGCUGCUGGAGAACUUGGCCAGUCCUACAAAACCAUCGGAUCUAACUUUAAUUAAAAUAAAGGAAUUAAUGUCACAUCAUUUGCAGCCAACACCGUCGUCUUUAGCGGAAAGAUACCGGUUUCGACAAAGGCGGCAAAAUGUCGGUGAAAAUGUAUCUACGUAUGUGGCGGAGUUGAAAAAGCUGUCCAAGCAUUGUAAAUUUGGCUCAGAGUUAAAUGGAAAUCUAAGGGAUCAAUUCAUUUGUGGCUUAAUCAGCGACUUAAUUAGGCAACGGCUUUUUGCGGAGGACGACAACAUAACCUUCGCAAAUGCAGUCAAACUUGCAACAUCAUUGGAGGCAGCAGAGAGGGACGCGGCGUUAGUGGAGCAGGGAAAGGUAACGAGUUCGAGUGGGACGGGAGAUGCGCAGGCCGUUAUGUUUGCGAGUCGGGCGCGAUCGGGUACAUCUACAUUCAAUGGAGGACAAUUGCGGGCGCCGGUAGUUACGCAACAGCGGCGAAAUGCAUAUUUUAAUGGCCGGCAGGAGAGGCACUGCGACGCCUGUGGCGCGCGCAGUCAUAAUUACGCGAAUUGCAAGUUCCGGGACUAUGUGUGCAGCAAGUGUCAGCGUACAGGCCAUUUGCGGCGGGUGUGCCCGGACUGGGGCUCGGCACCGGGAACCGCGGGCCGUGGAGGAGCGCGGGCGCCGGCCCGGCGCGGAGGGGCAGCGGCGGCGACGCCGGCGCGGAGUGCCAUGCAUUUUGGGGUGGCCGAUCACGAACCGAGUGAGGAUUACGGCGGAGACAUCGAGGAAGAAUUACAUCACCUAUGUUUAAAUAACUACCCGGCGGUGAGUUUACCAAUAUGUAUAGACAAUACAGUUAUUAAUAUGGAAGUAGAUACAGGUGCGGCAAUGUCUUGCAUCAGUAAGGCCACAUAUGACCGAUAUUUUUCCCAUGUAAAUAUAGAAAGGGAUAAAACUGUGUUCAAUUAUCUCACUGGCCCAUCUAUUAGGCCUUUAGGUAUCAUUCGACCCUUAGUGACCUACAAUGAGUGCAGUAAACAAUUGGAGUUGUACAUUAUUGAGGGUGGCUCGACUUCUUUGUUGGGCAGGCAGUGGUUGGUCGAACUAAACAUAAAUAUACCUAAGUUAACGUGUAAUUACGUAAUAAAUGAGGCUAACGGACAAGGUAAACAAGAUAUUGUGAAAUUGCUCGACAGAUAUGAGGCGUUGUUCAGCGAUGGACUGGGCCGGUACAAGGGCGGCAAGGCGACCUUGAGGGUGCGGGAGGGCGCAGCACCGGUGUUCCAUCGCGCACGCCCGAUGCCGUACGCGCUGCGCGAGCGCGUGGACGCCGAACUGGACGCCAUGCUGAGCGCCGGCGUCAUCGAACCCGUCGACUGCUCGGACUGGGCGUCACCACUGGUACCUAUUAAUAAGCCGGACGGCUCCCUUAGAAUUUGUGCAGACUAUAAAACUACCUUAAACCCGUAUUUGUUGGUUGAUCGGUAUCCUCUCCCUAAAAUAGAAGAUGUUCUUGUAAAUUUAAAUGGCAAUAUGUACUUUAGUAAAAUUGAUCUUUCACAAGCGUACAACCAAAUUGAACUGGACGAGUCUAAAUGUUAUACGGUUAUUAACACCCACCGAGGGCUGUUUCAGUAUAACAGACUGGUGUACGGCUUAUCAUCUAGUGUAGGAAUAUUUCAGCGUAUUAUGAUAAAUUUAUUGGGUAAUAUACCUAAUGUACAAAUAUUUUUAGACGAUGUAAUUAUCGGUGGCAAAACUAAAUCGGAACAUCUACACGCUUUAGAAGCGGUUUUUCAGCGUUUACUUACUAACGGAUUGAAGUUAAGGAAAAAUAAAUGUGUUUUUUUGGCUAAGGAAGUCACAUACUUAGGGUAUGUAGUUACUAGGGAGGGCAUCAAACCGGAUACAACAAAGAUAAAGGCGAUUCUGCAAAUGUCUCAACCUCGUAACGUAUCGGAGUUAAGGUCGUUCUUAGGGACGGUAAAUUUUUUCGGAAGGUUUCUUAAAAAUCUCAGUUUAAUAUUGUCACCACUUUAUAAACUAUUAAAAAAGGAGGCGGAGUGGCACUGGAGCAAGGAGUGCGGGGAAUCUUUCGUGCAGGUAAAACAAUUAUUGUCGGGCGCUCAAGUAUUAAGGCAUUAUGAUCCGAGUAAACGAUUGAUAGCGACUUGUGACGCGUCGCCACGGGGGGUGGGGGCGGUUUUGACCCAAAUUGGACCGGAUGGCGAACGCCCGGUCGCGUACGCAUCUCGUACCUUAAACAGCGCAGAGGCGAAUUAUUCGCAGAUACACCGCGAAGCCUUAGGUAUUAUUUUUUGUGUAAAGAAAUUCCACCAGUAUCUUUACGGACGUCAUUUCACAUUGCGCACAGAUCACAAACCACUAGUAUCAAUAUUUGGGCCGAAUACGGGUAUACCGACAAUGACAGCUAGCAGGAUGCAGCGGUGGGCAAUAAUAUUAUCAGCUUAUGAUUACGAAAUUGAAUAUGUGAAUACGAAGGAUAACUGUGCGGACGGGUUGUCUAGAUUACCUAAUGCCAAUGAGACACGGAAUAAUUCUGGUGAUGCUAUUCCCGAGCAAACAUAUCUGCAUUUCGCGCAAGACGCGUUGUUGUUAGAUUAUUAUAAGAUAAGGUACUAUACUACGCGUGAUCCAGUUUUGGCUAGAGUGUUAACUUUUAUUCGCGAUGGUUGGCCGGAUAGUUGUGACUUUGAUACAUUGAAGCCAUACUUUAACAGAAAGUCAGAAUUAUAUGACGAGUUGGGUUGUGUCAUGUGGGGGCACCGGGUAGUAAUACCGGAGAAGUGCCGCGACAAGGUUUUAAGAAUUCUGCAUGAACCUCACAUGGGUAUAGUUAAGACCAAGGCGUUGGCCCGUAGCUAUGUGUGGUGGCCGGGCCUCGACGAGGCGGUGGAGGCGGCGGGUCGUGAGUGCGAGCCGUGCGCCGCGGUGGCGAGCGCCCCGCCGCGACACCCGCCGCGCUGCUGGCCGUGGCCAACGCGAGCAUGGACUCGGGUGCAUGUAGAUUUCUUGGGCCCUUUUCACGGGAAAACUUAUUUAAUAGUAGUGGACGCUAUGUCAAAAUGGGUCGAAGUAUUCCAGGUUCCUAGCACGGCUGCCGUUUCAACCAUUCAAAAAUUAACCGAAUUAUGGGCUAGAUGGGGAAUACCUAAACAAUUGAUAAGCGAUAACGGGCCGCCGUUUUCGAGCAAAGAAUUUUCGCACUUUUUAGCCUUAGACGGGGUAGAACAGAUUUUUACGGCUCCUUAUCACCCUGCCUCUAACGGAGCGGUAGAAAAUUCGGUUAAAGUAAUAAAACAAGUUAUAAAAAAAGCGGUAAUAGAAAAAAACGACAUUCUAAACGCUAUCAACACAUAUUUAAUUUACUAUCGCAAUACGGCGCACAGUUCCACAGGCGAGAGCCCCGCGAUGCUCAUGACAGGUAGGCAAUUGCGAACGCGCUUAGAUUUGUUAAAACCGGAUGUAAGUUUGAAGGUAACUAAAAACCAACAGCGGCAAACUCGCUUGGCUGGAGGGUCGGAACGGAGGAUCGAAAUAGGAGAGGACGUUUGGUAUCGUAAAUAUCUGAAGGGAGAAAAAUGGCAACCGGGUAAGGUGUCCGGGGUUCUAGGUGACACGGAUUAUAACGUUACAGAUGGUCAGGGUAACAUUAUUCACCGCCAUAUCGACCAAUUAAAACGGAGGGCGAGGAGUUCUAUAGUCUGUCCAAAAAGUAAUGAGGAAAGUAGGGAAACAAUGGCCACGAAUGCAUCCCCAAGCUUGCCACCGAAACCCAGGGCUGAGCCAACAACGCCGCGAGCGAGUACCAGUGGGCUCAGGAGCGAGUCGGCGGGACCUUCGACGCCGAUGUUCGAUGCUUCGCCGGCGCGAAGUAUGGCGGAAGGGGAGGAAGAGGAUAUAGAAUGCUAUUCCACGCCCGGUAAGGAUACGGGGAGUGGUGAUGAGCAUGUUGAUCAGCCGACGACCCCCCUUGCACCGGCUCGGUCCCGGCCCCUUAGACAAUGUAGAUUGAAAAAACCAUCAUAUAAAGUAUAAACAGUAGGAAUUUGUGUUGGUUAAUUAAGUUUAAUAUUUAGAGUAAAAUACUAAUAGAUUCAUAUCAAUAAAUAAUAGAUCAAUAAUUCCUAUCGCUUAAGUGUGAAGCAUCUACUUAAUAGCAUUAUAUAACGGAAUUGAACUAAGUAGUGUAAUUUAAGUAAAUAGAAGCUUUGUUACAGUAUGUGAUAUCCUUGUAGGAUGUAUGGUUUAGGAUAAGAUGUCAUAGAACUCAACAUUACUAGCAUGUAUUGGCAAGAUUACGUUUACGAAUAAUUAAUCCAUUAUGAAUCGUACUUAUUGAACAGAAGAUCUAUAGUUAAAACUCAUAGCGAUUGUUAUUGUUAGACAAACGGGUUCUCCCGUUAACACUGUGUACGCGUAUACCUAUGGUUAUGUAAUCUGCAGCAUGCUACUACUGGAUUUAAUACCUCGUUUCCUUUAUUGUAAUUUUAGUAGGAUUUAGGUUAUAUGAAAGACGUUUAUGAUGCUACUACUUAGUAUUAAUUAAGUGUGGAGAAGUGUGACGUAUGUAGGUAGUGAUAGAUAUAACUAUUGACGUGUGUCAAAUCCUGAGUCAGUCCGGAAUAAACUCUCGAAUAGUAA